AUGCACCUUGUGAGGAAUCACUUGAGACCGGAUGUCUGCCCGCAUUGUGAGGCGAACACUUCCUCCAUUCCGUUCGAAGAUGUUUCUGCAAAUGCAAAAUGGCUUGGCACGAUCGGAGCUUCGAAGCCUUGGGUCGAACCGCAUGUGUUUGAAAUGCUCCCAGGCGGGGCUGACCCCAGCUUCAUCAAGCUGGACACUUUCCACCUUGGCCCUUUGGGUGCUGGAUACUAUUUGGCCCCAUCUGUGCUAUGUGUUUUGGUUGCUUAUUUCAAGCACUUCACCCCACUUGAUGGGAAAACUGAUGUGGAAAGCCGACUUGCUGUCGCGCACAACAGUUUCAUGUCGUAUUGCAAGGCCACAUCCCGUACACCGAGGGACCUGAAACAGUUCACAAAGAGCAACUUGCACUGGCCCUCGCAGGCUUCGUAUCCCAUGCUUUCAUGUAAGGCAGGGGAUACAAUCAUGCUGCUGCAGUGGCUCCAGGAUUAUCUAACAAGUGUGCCACUCGAUCUCUCCGAUGACCUUCUCCGCUACAGCCUUGAGGCGAUCUCAGCGUUCAACGCUUUCUGGCAUCUCUUGUAUAAAGCUGAGAGUCGCAUUUGGUGGAGUCAGAGCGAAGCGGCUACUGGUCUGAUCGCGUUAACUGGCUUUUUGCGCUCUUAUCAGGCCGCUGCCAAAGAAAGCUUAGCACGGCGCCUGAGCUUCUUCAACAUCGUGCCAAAGGUCCACUUCCUGGCGCAUGUGGCUGUUGAGCUUCAUCAAGCUUUGGAGCGGGGCUCAUCUAUAUUGAACCCCUCUGUGUGGUCUACACAGAUGGCCGAAGAUUAUGUGGGAGCUCUUUGUAAGAUGUCGCUGAAUGUUCAUCCGGCAAAUGUUGCCAAACGCAACCUGGAGAAGUAUCUUGUACGGGCCCGGAGAGAGUGGCUCAAAGAAUCUGCACGGAAUGAGAAAAGGCUGCUUCGGGACAGCUGA